GGAGCCCCCGCCUCACCAUGGCCCAAAGCUGCAGACCCUCUGGCCCUGCCCUUGCCUCCAUCCUGCUGACCCUGCUUCUGGGUGGCUCCGUGCUGGCCUCUGAGAUCGUGGGUGGCCGGCAGGCCAGGCCCCAUGCAUGGCCCUUCAUGGUGUCCCUACAGCAGCGCGGAGCCCACUUCUGUGGUGGCACGCUAGUGGCCCAGAACUUUGUCAUGUCGGCCGCCCACUGUGUGAAUAACAUGGAUUUCCAGACGGUGCAGGUGGUACUAGGCGCACACAACCUAAGGAGGUCUGAGCGCACCCGGCAGGUGUUCAGCAUCCAGCAAGUCUUUGAAAACGGCUUUGUACCCCAGAGGCUGCAGAAUGACAUAGUGAUUCUACAGCUCAACGGGUCAGCAACCAUCAAUAACAACGUGCAGGUGGCCAGGCUGCCUGAGCAGGGCCAAGGCGUGGCCAAUGGGGUGCAGUGCGUGGCCAUGGGGUGGGGCAGGCUGGGCACGAACCAGGCAACAGCCACAGUCCUGCAGGAGCUCAACGUGACCGUGGUGUCUUUCCUCUGCCGCCCCACAAACGUGUGCACACUGGUGCGACGCCAGCGGGCCGGCAUCUGCUUUGGGGACUCCGGUGGGCCACUGAUCUGCAACGGACUGAUCCAUGGGAUCGACUCCUUCAUCAGGGGAGGCUGUGGCUCUGGCUACUUCCCAGAUUCCUUUACCGCUGUGGCACAGUUCGCAGGCUGGAUCAACUCCAUCAUCCGCCGCCACAGUGACCACCCUCAACUCCACCCCAGGGACCCUGCAAGUAGGACCUUCUAGAAAGGACUGCCCUGGUCACCCUACCUCACCUGCCCCUCACCAGGUCCAUCCCACAGCAUCUGGCACAAUAA